AUGGAUUUCUGUCCUGCUGCCAACCCACUCGCAUGGACUCAAAAGUGCUGGGAGGACAAGUUAAAGUUUAUCUGUGAGUUCAGGUCUGGCCCAUGGCCCCCCAAUGGUGACCAUAAAGAGGGUGAGAGGGUGUCUGUUAUCCUUCCUGCUCGAUGCACUGUCCAUCAAUUGAGGAUCUACAUCUCUACAGAGGUGCAGAACUUCCAUCCAGAACCAUCUGCGAUAAUGGAUCCAGACAGAUUUGCUCUGCUAUAUUCCAAGGGAGAAGAUUGGCAUGAGGCUUAUGACAACUCUCAGAUCAUCAGGACACUUGAUAUGCUGUGGUGGUAUGACAAUGUUGGGCUUCUUACGGCCUUCUUGGUACUAAAGGAGAAAGAGGCAGUCGAUUGUGAGUCAAAACAGAGACAGUAUCACUUCUUGGCCUACCUGAUCGGACACGACCUGGAGAAAGAGGCGAUGGACAAACAUUAUGAAAUUGCGUACACCCGCAGGAAGCUCGCGAUUUCCAGAAACCAAGAGCUAAGGGAUAGGGAUGAUACAGUGUACACCACGGAGCCUUGGCUAGCAAGCACCCCAGUCCCAAAUGACUUAGAGCACUUACUGAAAAGAAAACUUUUGGUCACCCUACAUUAUAUCAACCAGAUAAGUUUCAGUGUACAAGUCGAUUUCAGUGCAAAACCCGAUGUUCUUGUCAAAUAUUUCCGAAAGGUGAUGGCACAAGAAAAACAAGAAAUCUCUGAUGUCUUGGUGUUAAAGGUCACAGGAAGGGAAGAGUUUCUGUCUGGGGACUACCCUUUAAAAAAAUUCCAAUGGGUGCGACAGUGCUUGAGAGACAAUCAAGUUCUCCACCUAUCUGUGGUCCCUCUGUCACAGCUUAUUAAGGAGACGGUCCACUUUGAAGACUUGCCACUUAUUGAUGAUUUUAGUGGCACAUUCUGCUCUCACGAAUCACUUGGCCUCGAACAAAAGGAUCUUGAAGACAUAUUCCUGCUAUCUCUGUGGGACUGCAAAAGAAAAUUCCGUGUCAAACUUCUCGGCAUUGAUAUUCCAACGCUCCCGAACAAAUCCCCUCGAUCAAUCUAUGUGAAAGCAGCUGUAAUUUUUGGCAAUAGGGUUCUCUCGUCAGUGUCUUCAUCACACAAACUCUUCACAGAUGAAGUAUUGUGGAGCGAGUGGCUGGACUUUGACCUGAAUAUUAAGGAUCUACCACGCGGAGCCAAGCUGGGCUUCACCAUAAAUGCCAACCUGCAGAAAGGGAAAGUGAAGGUUCUCUACUUUGCGAAUCUUCUUCUGAUUGAUUACAGGUCAGUCCUUAGCCAGGGAAACCAUACACUACACAUGUGGUCCCACCAUGACCAAGAGGAUGAGGUAAUCAUUUCCCAAGCUGAUAAACAUUCCUGUGCUACAAAUCCAGAUAUAUCUAACUCCAUGGCUAUCAGCUUUCUCCUCGACCACUAUGGUUUCCCUGUGGUUCUUCCAAGGAGUUUUAGCCUCACAAAGUAUUCUGGUAGUCGCAGUAACAGCAUCUCCCAAAGCAAAUCUGCUUCUGCCUCUGUACCCAACACUGAUGACUCCAAACCAGUCCGCGAUGAAGGGAAUGAGCCUGAGAGCUCAAAUUAUGCACAUCAAAGCUUCUGUCCAAACAAGGCUUUCUUAAGUAGAUUCCGGGAGAAAAGUGUUUGCUGUGGUUCUAACCUACCCCACUUCCUUCGCACUGUGGAUUGGACGAACAGUAGAUUGCUUGAAGAUAUUCACUGGUUGGUGGCAAACUGGGACCUGAAAGAGCUGGAUGUGUCUGUGGCACUUGAGCUUUUGAGCAUGGACUUUGCAGAUGAGAUUGUCAGGAGAUUAGCAGUGCAGAGUCUGGAAAGCCUCUCCAAUGACGAAGUUCUCAAGUAUUUACUCCAAUUGGUUCAGGCAGUUAAAGUGGAACCUUACCACGACAGCUUCUUGGCACAGUUCCUAAUCCGAAGAGCACUAAGGAGCAAGCGGAUCGGCCAUUUCUUUUUCUGGUAUGUGCGCAGUGAGGUAACCGCUUGCCCGUAUUUUCGUCAGCGUAUGGCAGUGGUUCUUGAGGCCUAUUUGAUGGGCUGCGGUCAGGCCAUGCUGGAUAGCUUCGCUCUACAGGUACAAGCCGUUGAAGCUCUUCAGGAGGUUGCCUUCAUGAUUAAGAAGAUCUACACUGACAAAAGGGAUCUUCCUCCUUCAGCUUCACAAAGGCUUCAAGAAUUUCUUCGGGACAGCCCACUACCUAAUGAAUUUCUCCUGCCUUUGGACCCCCGCAUCAAAGUAGGACAGAUUCUGCUGGACAAAUGCAAGGUUAUGGCAUCAAAGAAGAAACCUUUACUGUUGGAGUUCUCUCCCAUGCCAUCCCCAACCUCUGCUACACCUGUUGGCAUAAUUUUCAAACAGGGAGAUGACUUGAGACAGGACAUGCUAGUGAUUCAGACUUUAGCGGUGAUGGACUCAAUCUGGCAAGAGCAAUAUCUUCACCUCAACCUUGUUCCGUACGGCUGCAUCUCCACAGGACAUAACAUAGGCAUGAUCGAAAUUGUUAGGGAUGCAACGACCAUUGCCGCCGUACAGAGAAGUCAUGGAGGAACAAAUGGGUUGUUCAGAAACGAUGCUUUAUUUGAGUGGCUGAAAUCCAAGUGCUUGCUGCAGGAAAUUCAUUUCAAGACUGUGGAACGCUUUGUAAAGUCCUGUGCAGGCUACUGUGUGGCUACAUAUGUACUUGGCAUUGGGGAUCGUCACAAUGACAACAUUAUGAUCACAGAUCAAGGCAAUUUAUUCCACAUCGACUUCGGCCACAUCUUGGGAAACUGGAAGCACUUUCUUGGUGUGAACAGGGAGCGUGUGCCAUUUGUCCUCACACCCGACUUCCUGUACGUCAUGGGAAGAGUCAAAGGUGGCAAUAGCCUCUACUUUCAAUGUUUCAGGAAUGUGUGCACACAGGCAUAUCUCGCUCUGCGCGCACACUCUCGGCUGCUGGUCACACUCUUCUCCCUCAUGCUCCUCUCGGGUAUGCCUGAGCUGAGUGCUGCAGAAGACAUGAACUACCUGCGAGAGGCGCUGCAGGAGGGCAAGAGUGAGGCAGAAGCCAGGGAACAUUUCCUCCAACAGAUUGAUAAGUGUGAGCAACUGGGAUGGACUGUGCAGGCCAACUGGUGGAUCCACCAGAUGGCAAAUAGAUAA